AUGUCGCACGGAAAGCAGUUCACGCUCUAUUCCCAUUCCUUUGGGCCCAAUGGCUGGAAGGUCGCCUUCGUGUUGAACGAGCUGGGCCUGCAGUACGAAACGAUCUACUUUGAUUUUGGUAAGAAAGAGCAGAAGGCGCCUGAGCAUAUCAAAUACAAUCCAAACGGCCGCAUUCCCACCUUAAUCGACCAUGGGAACAACGACUUUGUCGUCUGGGAAUCCAACGCAAUCAUGAUAUACCUUGUCGAAAAGUAUGACAAGGAACAUAAAAUUUCUGUCAGUGAUCCGAGCGAGAAGAUGUAUCAGCUGCAGUGGCUCUUCUUCCAGGCGUCUGGUCAAGGACCAUACUUCGGGCAGGCGGGAUGGUUCAUAUUAUGGCACCACGAAAAACUCCCGAGCGCAAUUGAGAGAUAUCAAAAGGAAGUCAUCCGCGUCUUCGGCGUUCUCGAAAGCGUCCUGUCGAAGCAGGACUGGCUCGUCGGUGGAAGAUGUACUAUUGUGGACCUGUCGUUCAUCACAUGGAACGAAGCAGCUAUAAAGCACAUGGUCCCGGAUUAUAAUGGAUUCAAUUUGGAGAAGGAUUUCCCGGCUGUUUACAAAUGGCAUAUCGCUUUAUUGGCAAGAGAAUCUGUCAGCAAGGUUCUCGAGGAGAAGGAAUCCCUGCUUGCAAAGAAAUGA